CCGCCGCUGUUUUGGAAGAUCAAAUAUUCCUCUGCUAUACAUGUACGUAGCUAAACUGUGUGUACAUAUUAUGUAAGUUAAAUGUACAAAUCUGGAGGAAUAAAUGGAGAGAGUUAUGCAAACUGUGUGUGUGUGGUCAUAACACUAACAGUAUGGAAUUACGCAUGAGUAACAGGGGUGCAAACUAAAAUUUCCCCAACUGGUCAGUAGGGCUAGU